AUGGCUGUAACUUCUGCGUCAGCGGACCAUCAGCAGCAGCAGCAGCAACAGCACACUGAAGUUGAGACUGGCUCGAAUGACAGCGGCAAUGAGCUAUCAAUGGGUAGCAGCGGAUCAUCGCACCACCACCAUCAGCAUGCCAAUAAUCUAUCGCCGGGCCAACAAUUGGAAAGCAUUCUACCGUCGGCGGCCAGCGUUGGCGCGUUCGAUUCCAACGAUCAUCCAUUUAAUGGCGCAUCGCUUUUCGACACACCGCAAUCGAUAUUGCAAUCGCCGCAGUAUGAUAUGUUCGCCAGCGAGAGUUUUGGAUAUGUCGGACGACCACCGUCAUUCCGAUGCGCCAUGUGCAACAAAAUCGGUCAUCACGGUGUUCUGAAGUUCACGUGCGCUCACAAGCAUUGCUUGACGUGCUCGCAGGUUCUCGGCCAAUAUCCGACGUCGCAACAGCGUAAGGACGAGAAACGAACAAUUGAGACAGUCUUGAAAAAUGUGCACUAUUCAGAAUGCCCUUCGUGCGGUUCGGGUGUCGCCAACUCGGCGAAUCUACCGCCGCAAAUGUUUUUGUCGCCGACGACGUCGCCGCACGGCGGAUUUUUGCUCGACGCGGUUUCGCCGAACAAAAGUCUUGAUUUGCUCGACAACUCGAUAUUGUCGUCGCAUAACACGACGCCGAGCAUUUUGGGAGUGAAUCCGAACGCGAGACUUCCUUUGACACCUGAACAAUCGGCUCGCGCUUUCUCGUUCUCGCUCACACCGCCGCAAAACCAUCAGCAGCAGCAGCAGCAACAGCAACAUUCGCAGCAUAAGAGCAACAUCUCGGAGCCGUCGUCGAUGUGGUCGCCGCUCGUCCACUCGCACGUUCUACGCAAAGUGCAACAGCAACAACAACAAUCGCCGAUGAGCGGUGGCGGCGGCGUCGGCGCGAAUUUCGAUUCGCUGACGGUGAACGACGACACGCCGGUGUUCUCGCCGCUAUCGCCGACGAACACGUCGAACAUUGGAAUGAUGUCGAGUCAUGAGCAAUCGCCGAUGAAGCAUGCGGGCGCGGUGGCGCCGCCGUCGCGCUCCUCGUCGAGUUCGCAAUUUCAGCAGCAGCAGCAAUCGCCGGCGAUUCCUUUCACGCCGAUGCCGUUCCAGAAUUUUCUCCAACAACAACAACAGCAGCCGCAGCAGCAGCAGCAGCCCGAAAUGCCGAGAAUGCCGAUUUGGAAUUGUAGCGGUUGUCUGGAGAACAACAUGGCGUUGGCCUAUUGCCUUCAGUGUCAGGAGAUGUUGUGCGAGAAUUGCGUCAACGCGCAUCAGCGCGUUCGAGCCACGAAAGCGCAUCGGAUUGCGGCGCUGGCGCAAAUCGCGCAGCUUUUUCAGGGACACUUGGCCGUCCAGCAGGAGAACCUAAUGCCGAACAAUUUGAUUGGCAAUGGGCUUUUGCCGAUUCCGAUGGGCGGGCAGCAGUCGAACGCCGCGAAUGAUGGAUUGGCCUCUGUUGGCGAUGACACGAAUAGUGGUGACUCGUCGCCGCGAUCGUCGUCGGUUUGCGGUGUUCACGAGUCGCGAAUCGUUGGCUUCUGCGAUCAUUGUCCACAAUCGCAGCCGCUAUGCGCGAUCUGCGUCGCGCAGCACACUGGCAAACAUCGAAUUCAGCCGAUCAGCGAUAUUCGAACGGCGGUGACCGAGCUCAACAAUGAGAGUAUGCUCAUCGAAUAUCAAUGCGACAAGACGAGCGAGACGAUCAAUCGGAUGCUGGAAGGUGUUGUUAGUAAUGCGACGAUUGCCGAGGGCGAGAUUCACGCGUUCGUCGACAAAUAUGUGAAAGCGUUCGAGGAGCGACGCAAAGAGCUUCUGAAGCGCGUCGAAACGGUGAAGACGUCGAAAAUCACGUCGCUCAUGGAGCAGGCGGAGAAGUUGGCCGCGAAGAAGAACGAGCUGAAAGAGGCGAUCGACAAGGCGAAGGCGGUGAUCGGCGAUGAGAGUGCCGAUGAGGCGGCACUUCACGAAUGCUUUGAGAUGUUGGCCGAAUGCCAAAUGAGCGGCGACGGAACCGAGCACAAUAAUAAUAUGAAUGUGUUGAUGCUGGCGUGCCAAGUCAACGAGGACGAUCGCGUGAUCUUUGUACCGCCGCAAGAUGGAAGCUUCCUCGGAAAGGUUCGACACUACGGUCAUAUUGAGAGUGGGCCAUGCGCGAGAACCAGCACGUUCAUUGGCGAUGGAUUCCGAAAGGUAAUUCGCGACCGCCAGUCGGUGAUCAAUAUUCAACUGCGCGACGCGUGCGGUGAAGUAUUGUCGUCGUCGCUUCUAUCGACGCAGCCCGGCUCCAAGCCGCUUCUACCGCACCAGUCGGGUCCGGCGCAUUUGGAUCAGGCGGCCGCCGCCAGCGAGGUGCAGGCGUUCAUCGUCUCGCCGACGGGAUUCCCGGUGCCGGCGAAUGUGACUGCUCGCGAAAAUGGCAUUGUGGCGAUCUCGUACGUGCCGAUUGUCGAGGGCGUCUACACGCUGAACGUGCUCGUCAAAGGCUCGCCGAUCGACGGAUGCCCGACGACGAUCGACGUGCGUCGCGGACGCAACUACGAGGAGAUUGGCAACAAGGGCCCGCUGUUCAGCUUCGGACGCGAGGGUACCGGCGACGGCGAAUUGUGUCGGCCGUGGGGCAUUUGUGUCGAUUUGCGCGGUCGUGUGCUCGUCGCCGAUCGCAGCAACAAUCGCAUUCAGAUAUUCGACAAGGACGGCAACUAUUUGGCGAAGUUUGGCACCAGCGGCAAACGGCCGGGACAAUUCGAUCGGCCGGCGGGAAUCACCAUCAAUUCGCAUAAUCACAUUGUUGUCGCCGACAAAGACAAUCAUCGCAUUCAAGUGUUUGAUGAGGACGGCAACUUUUUGCUGAAAUUUGGCGAUCGCGGACGCGCCGUUGGCUACUUCAACUAUCCGUGGGGUGUGGCGACGAACUCGCACAACGCGAUAGCGGUGUCGGACACGCGCAACCAUCGUGUGCAGAUUUUCACACCGCAAGGCCAAUUUGUGCGCAAGUGCGGCUUCGAUUCGGCCUAUUUCUUCAAAAAUUUGGACUCGCCGCGCGGUUUGUGCUAUUUGCCCGAUGGUCAAUUGCUCAUCACCGAUUUCAACAAUCAUCGAUUGGCGGUGUUGUCGCCGCGGAAUAUGCACGAGAUGAAGGUGUACGGAAGCGAGGGCGACGCCGAUGGGAUGUUUGUAAGACCGCAAGGUGUCAAAAUUGAUCCCGAAGGAAACAUUUUGGUGUGCGACUCGAGAAACAAUCGGAUUCAGGUGUUCGCUUCGGAUGACAUGCGAUUCGUCGCCUCGUUUGGCCUGGCGCCACCCGCGUUCAAAAUGCCGCCGGAUGCAUCGGCAGCAUUUCCGCCACUCAGCGGACCAUUCGGCGCACCAGCGUUCUCAUCGACGCCGACACCGUUGACGCCGUCGCCGCGACAACUUCUCGAUCGUCCGACAGACUUGGCCGUUGGACCCGACGGUCGCAUUUAUGUUGUCGAUUUCGGCAACAAUUGCAUUCGCGUUUUCUAA